AUGUCGUCCUGCUUCUCUGGAUCGGACAGAAAACUGCAGAGGAACAACUCCAAGGUCCAUGAUGAUGGCAGAGCCGACGUCUCCUUCGACGAGAAACUCCAGGCCAAGCUGAUGCGCAAAUUCCACCACGAAGACAAAAAAGCAAAAAGAAAUCCCGAUGAGGCUGAGUCUAAGGAGCCCAAGCGUGCAGCAUUCCACUGGCGCAAAAGAAAGGACGACUUUGUAGCAGACCUUCAAGGAUUUGAAGGAGUACCUCGUAUGAAUAUUGCGCCCUUCAUUGCUCUAGGCAACGUACUGCAAAAGGCGCCAUACAACCACCGUGUUAGAAUCUGUACUCACCCCAACUUCAAAGACUUCGUCGAAGACAAUGGACUGGAAUUCUACUCGAUUGGAGGCGACCCUGAGAAGCUCAUGUCUUACAUGGUCCGCAACCCUGGUGUCAUUCCGAGUCUCGAAUCCAUGAAAGCUGGUGACGUCGGUGAUCGCCGCGAAGAAAUCGCGGAGAUGUUGGAAGGUUGUUGGCGAGCUUGUACCCAGGGCGGCAAUGGUGUCGAUCCCAUCAGACUUCCUCAAGCGAGCAAGAUUAGCACGGAUACAAUCAUGCAGCUUCCGGAUCCUUUCAUCGCGGACGCAAUUAUCAGUAACCCUCCAGCAUACGCCAACAUUCACAUCGCCGAGAAGCUGGCUGUACCCCUGCAUAUGAUGUUCACCAUGCCCUGGAGUCCGACUACCGCGUUCGCACAUCCUUUGGCCAAUCUGGACACCGAUAAGGGAGACAGAAAACUUGCAAACUACCUAUCAUACUACAGCAUGGAGCUUCUUACAUCAGAAGGAUUGAUCGACCUAAUCAACGACUUCAGAGAAAACACGUUGGCACUGGACCCCCUCCAUGCUGCUUGGGCUCACCAACUGCUGCCUCAAUUGAAGGUGCCGUUCACAUAUUGCUGGUCUCCGGCGCUCAUCCCAAAACCGGCAGAUUGGGGUUCACAUAUCACUAUCAGUGGUUUCUUCUUUAUGGAUCCCAAGAAGGAUUUCGAGUUUGACGCCGACCUGAAAAAAUUCUUGGAUGCUGGGGACCCGCCAGUAUACAUCGGCUUUGGCUCAAUUGUCGUUGAUGACCCAGAGGCGAUGACCAAGAUGAUUCUAGAUGCUGUGAAGCAGCUUGGAACUCUCGUCUCCAAGGGUUGGGGUGGUAUUGGAGGUGAAGACGUCCCUGACAACGUCUUCCUACUUGGCAAUGUGCCGCACGACCAACUUUUCCCUCACUGCAGCGCGGUAGUCCACCAUGGUGGUGCCGGCACAAAUGCCAUCGGCAUAUCUUUGGGAUGUCCAACAGUUGUCGUGGAACUGGACGCCGACAAGCUGGCAAACCAAAUCAGGGAAGCACUCAAGCCUGAAACCAAAGAGCGAGCAAAAGAGCUUGCGGCGAAGAUUAAGGAAGAAACCGGUGCAAAGACUGCCGCCAAAUUCUUCCAUGAGACAAAGCAAAUGCAGGAUGCAGGCUGUUUCCUGUGCCCCGAUCAGGUUGCAGUAUACCGUGUGAGAAGAACCAACCUCAAACUCAGCGCUCUUGCCACGGCCAUUCUCAUCGACCAUGGCAAGCUUCAACCUCAGCAUUUAAAACUCAUCAGAAGGAAGCGUUGGUACGUCGAAAAGGGUGCUCAAGAGCCUCUGAUCGGUAUCUAUGGAGCGAUUGAGACGACUGGAGUUGGCUACAAGAAUUGUGUCAGCCGUUUGGCCAAAGAUCUGCACCAUAACAAAGCGAGCAAUGCACCGGGAAAGAUCUUUGUGGGUGAUGCAGAAGCUGCUGGCGAGGUACCUGGUGCACUCAAAGCUGUCGGCAAAUUCACCGGUUCCGUGGGCAUGAACACUCUCAGACUUCCCGUCGACCUUCUAUACAACCUCGCCAACGGCUUCCACAAUGCACCUUUCCACUUCUUCUCGGACGAUACCGUUCGAGUCCGUGGUGAGAUCAACGGUGUCAUGUCUGGUACCAAGGUUGGAUUCCAAGAGCUGGUCUUUGGCUUCUAUGAUGCAUUCACCGGCGUGGUCACCCAACCCGUUCGCGGCUACAAGAAGCACAGCAAUGAAGGUGUAGGUCCCGCAAGCUUCGGAGCAUUAAAGGGAUGUGGCAAGGGCCUCGUCGGUCUGGUCAGCAAAAGUUCCGCCGCCGCUCUCGGCGUCCCCGGCUACGGCUUCAAAGGCCUCGAAAGAUCCAUCCGCACAGGCUGGAAGACUCGCGACACACCGAACGAAAACAGCUUAGCUUUGCUGCAUGCUCUUCGAGGUCAGGAACAAGACGAACAGCAACUAGGCAAUGCAGCCUUGGCUUUGGUCUCCCAAGCCCAAGGCAACAGUACCCGCAAACAGAUUCGUGGUAGAAGGGGCUGGCAAUGCUUUAUGGAAUUGCAACAUUUGAGGCAGAAUCCUGACAAAGCCGCCGCCAAAGAGGAAGAGGUUUUGCAGGGCUGGGAUCGCCUCAAGGUUCCAAAGGAGUUUACUCGUGUUGAAGAGUAG